AUGAAUAAAAUAUUCUACUUUUUUUUGUUUUUUUUUGGGCUUUCUAAUUGUAUGUUUCCAUGGACAAAAAAGAGAAAGGCGGUGAACCAAAUGAUGAUAAUAAAAGAUAUGUCCAAUGAGAUAAAAAGGAAGUCUGAAUCUUUGCCAACCCAAAAGGACAUUGCAAACCAAAUACACAAAAUAGACAAAGAAGUUAUAGAUAAUUUAAAUAAAGAAAUAAUUAAAGAACAAAAUAUAAUAAAACACAAACCUCAUGUAUGUUCAGAGCCUUCUUAUGAAAGGGACUAUUCUUAUUUGUGUCCAGAUGAUUGGGUAAAAAAUUCUAGUGAUCAAUGUUGGGGCAUAGAUUAUGAUGGACAUUGCGAGUCCCUUAAAUAUUUCCAAGAUUAUACUGAUGACGAAAAAAAGGAAUUUGAACUCAAUUGUUGUGUAUCUUGGCCAAAGUUGAAGAAGACAUCACAUAAACAAAAAAGAGAAGAUACUUUAAGAGGAUCAAUAAAUCCAAAUAACGGAUUAAUUGUUAAACCAAAUAAAUGA